UCCAGUAAAUGAAGACGGCGGCACACGCCCUGAGCCCCGACUCCCUGCCAGAGACGCGGCAUCGGACCAGAAAGAAUGAGGAGGCGGCUCCAGGCUCACCCGUGCUCAGGGCGGGGAGGGAGGACGACAGGAAGGGCCCCCCCUCUAUCCUGAGACGAAGCCCGCAGGAGCGCCACAGCCAUGGGGCCGAGCCACGGAGGACCACGAGGCACGUGCGGUUCCGCGAGCCCCUGGAGGUGGCCGUCCACUACAUCGCCUGCAGGGAGCCCUCCGCCACGGCCAGGGCGCCCGGCCGGCGCAGGCCCCGCGACGGUGCCCUGAUCCUGCGGCUGACGGCGUGCGUCCUGCUGGUGCUGGCGCUGGGGCUGUGCUGCAGCCGGGCUGAGCCCGUGGCACUGGCCCUUGAGGACCUCCGGGCCCGGCUCCUGGCCCUCCGCGUGCGUCUGCAGCUCGUGGCCCUGGCCUGCUGGCGUCACCUCCUGCAGCUCUGAUGGCCGGCGCUCACCUCCCCCGGCCCAGGGGCAGCACUGCAGAGGGAGAGCCCCAGGUCGGGGCUGGGUGCUUCCAGACAGCCCUGAGCCCUGGACUCAGUGGGGCUGCUGCAGGCAGGGUGACUGGGAAAGCGGGCCCCACGGCUUGAGAUCAGACGUGGGGUGCUGCAGCCUUGGAUACGGCAGGCAGCCCCCCAGCUCCAAGCAGGCAGCCCCUCCUAUUUCACAUGUUAGGGUGCCCUGUGAGGUUUUAGGAGAACAAGAAUUCCACCACUGAAACUCAGGGACCCACGGGUUCCAGCCCCCAGGCUACCCCUUGGGCCCCUCCCUCGCCCCAGCGGGAACUCUUGUGACUUUGGGCCCGGCCCGGAUGUGGCCGUGUGUAGCCCCUCGAGGACGGGGACACCCUCCCUGUGUCUGUGGGAGUCCUGGGAGGAGGUACAACCGGGCUUUUGCUGCUUGGGGCCUGCAGCCCAGACCCCGAAACCCCUGUGGGAGAGGCGCUGGCUGCGGGGCGGGGGGUACUCCCUCCUGCAGCCACGUGCAGGGCAUGGCCCCGGAGCCCCCAGCUUGUCUGACACCUGCACCAGGCCCAAGGCCUGGGGAUGCCCUCUUGCCUAGCCGUCGGCCUGGGGGUGUGGCUGGCGCAGAAAGGACAUCGGGGGGCCGAGAGGACCCCACCACCCUCAGGACACAGCCGUCUGCGCCAGGGUCCCAGCCGGCGCCGCGCGGCCUGGGAGUCCCAUGACUGUGUAGACGCCGAGCCUUCAACCCCGUUCCAGGCCAAGGAGGCCACGUGAUGACAGAGCCCAGGGUCCCCUCAGACGCUGCAUGGAGCGGGGCCCUGAACGAAGCAGGGAGGCCCAGGGUCAGACACCAGGAGGCACCGCUAGGGGAGAAGCUGCACCCCCGUAACCUUCGGACGAGUGUCUACGCAGCCGCGGGCGCCGUGCCGCGCCUCCCGCAGGCCUUCUCUAAGCGUCUGUUCCCACGGCUUACGUGGGGAGACGCCGAUUCUCUAUUA